UAAUUUAUACUGUGUUAAAUAACAGAGGAAAUAGCAGCCGUAAUGGAAAAUAUUUUAAGAGAUUGUGCAGAAAAACUUCUAUCCGCCGCUAACAGCAUCGUUUCAGCGCCCUCUGCAAAUUCAACACAAAGUUCAACGCCAGCACCGGUCGUUCCUGCGGAGCCUUCUUCAUCAAGUACAUUUACCCCGGUUAUAACAACUACCACAAAUGUGCCACCAACUCCAACCACAACAUCAUAUACAGCAUUGUUGGAGCAUCGUCGUCUAUUUGGUUAUCGCCCACCAGCAUCUACAAGUAGAAUUGGUAGACAGUCGCAUGUUAUGCGUUCCAGUGCUCGAAACAUGACUGCACCAUAUACGAAAAAAUCAUUAGCAAAAAACACUUUUACUAGGGCAUUCGUUUGCCUAAGCGAAGUGAAUAAGUUCUGUCCUCCAAAUGCCGCAGAAAGAAUUAGACUAAGUCUUUCUGGAUUGGGAGAACAAACGAUAACAUUCUUAAAAGACGGAGACGCAGCGCAUGUGCAUGAAAAGUUCUUGGAAACCUUUCCCAACCUUGUAAAGGGUGGCGGCUAUGAAAUAAUGCGUACGUCAGAUGGAAAUUCUAAAAGAUUGAUCGAUGUCCCUUGCCCUCGUGGUGGAUAUGAUGUUAAGUUUUUGAAAAGUGCUCUUGGGCAGGCAAAAGGGUACUUGAGGCCGCUUCAAAAAGACAUUCAUUUGGAUAAUGUCACAGAAAUGGCACAGGAUUUAGAUUGUUCACCCAAAGUUGCAUGUGUCAAUUGCAAUGAAGAAAUUGUUAUGUCUGCAAUGAGGGAUCAUCAGCAAACAUGUGGUGGUGGUCCAUCUGGGUGUCAACCAACUGUCAGUGAUCGACAUUCAAUCCAAGCUUCAAUAGUUGAUUAUAUGCAGUCAGAUCAUAUUGUGGAUCAAGAGGCAAUAACAAUCUUGAAAAAUAUGUUUCCUGAAACUGAUACUGGUUUACUGAGUACAGCUUGUAUAGAAGCAGUGGGUGAUGUGAAUAAAGCAGUUGACAUUGUGUUAGCCAGAGUGAUGGGUACUUCUCAAGAGGAAGAACAAAGUAAUCAUGCAAUAACAAACACAGCUGUCUCACACACCAUUGAAUUAUUCGAUAGUGAUGACAGUAGCGACGAUGAAGAGUUGAAUCAUUCAAUUGCCUUCCCAUUACCAUCCCAAAACACUGGGAGCACAGACAUUUUAUCCAUACUCAAAAGUCUUGGAAAGAAUUUGAGAGGACCUUACUUGCGAAUUACUACUGAUGCAAAUACCAUGUUAUCUGAUGCUCUAGCCACAUACAAGAAUCCAAAAUUUAAUGGAUCUCGCCCUUUACGAGUGUCAUUCGCUAACCAGCCAGCAAUCGAUACGGGGGGUGUAAGUAGAGAGUUUUUUGACAAGGUGUAUGAAAAAUUAGCUAAUGGUGAUGAUGAAGCUUUUGGGCUGUUCGAAGGACCUCCUACAAAGCUUUUGCCUGCCUACAGCAGUCGCAUUGUUUUCUCAGGCAUUAUGGAAGCUAUUGGGAAAAUGAUCGCACAUUCAAUUUCCCAGUGUGGGAUUGGUUUUUCAAAACUAUCCCCAGCCUGUUACUGGUACAUUGUGUAUGGAGAUAUUAGCAAGGCAAUACCAUAUGCACAGUUAGCAGAUGUUCAUGACCAAGAAGUUGCUGGAUGCCUACAAAAGGUAAUCAAUGCAACUUCCAUCAUGGAUGUUGAUGAUCUGAACAGGGAUGAAACAUUUAUAAACAUUCUUUCUGACAUUGGCAGCACAUCAAUUUUAUCUCUUCAGAACAAGGAUGAAAUUGCCCUAUGCCACUUUGCCUUGAAUAAACGAAAAGUGAGUCUGGAUCAAUUAAAGGAUGGCCUAAAAAUUAAUGGUGUCUUGGAAGCUAUAAUGCAACAUCCUGAAAUAAUGGCACCUUUAUUUCUAUGGAAAGAGGAAUGUAUUAAUGCCGAAUUUGUCAAAAGCAAACUGCGUUUUCCUGAGGGUUGCGGUGAUCAUGUUGUUAAGCACUUACUUCUACAUUUUAUUGAUGAAUGUAGGGAACAAGAGCUGGAAAAUUUUUUGUCCUUUACUACUGGUACUGUCAGUGUAGCUGGCUUAAGAUCAAUUACAGUUAAGUUUGACAAAUCUGAUGGAGAGAUAUUCGCCUCAACUUGCCUAAAGAUGUUACACUUGCCAAAUGAUGUCCAGUUUUAUGAUGAUUUUAAAGAAGCUCUUAAAGCUGUUAUAAUGGAUCAUGGCACCUCAUUUAACACACCAUAAGAGAUAAGAUAUAAGAGAUUAGAUAUGUAUAAUUUACAUUGUUACUUAUCAUU